UCCUAUGGAAAGUGAUAAAGAGUUGGAGAAAAUGGAAGAUAAAAUGAAGUCUGAUUUGACAUACAGAAAAACUGUUACAGAGUUAUCAAGAUUAAUGGGACAAAAUUUGUCAGAAACUGUUCGAAAAAUAAUGCAAAAAUUAUUUAGUGAUACUUUGCUUACAUUCUAUUCUUAUAUAGGGUUUAAAGGAAAAAAACAAUUUUCAACUCUACAAACUUGUGCAGUUAUAUUUGAGUCCAUAAGAAGAAUGAAAAAAUUUACUGAUAUAGCAAAUAUAGAAAUUGAAAAACCUUUAAAGACAUGGAUAGCAUAAGCUUCAGCUCGUCUUAAAAAAAUUGACGAAAAAAAAUCUUCAUGAUUAAGUUAUAAAAUUUUUUGUACACAAUAUUAUAUUU